AUGAUUACUGACAAAGUCUCGCACUCGCUGGCCCAUUGCGUGGGCGCUGACUUGGCCAUGGGCGCAGGCAAAGCUGUGAAGUUCAAGGAGGUCUACGGCAAGGUCGAUGAGCUGCGUGCCCAGAAGGCGGCCAGCGGUGAUGUGGCUGUGCUCAAGGAUAAUGAUCGCUACAUUUACUAUCUGGUGACGAAGCCACAAAGCUGGGGAAAACCAACAUACGAGUCGCUGCAGUCAUCUCUGGAGCAGAUCGCAAGAACAUCGUUAAGCAGCUGGCCCUACCGCGCAUCGGUUGCGUAUUGA